GACGCCGAGUCAGAGAAGACUCGCGUCAAGAAUUGGGCCAUCUCGAGGGCCAACAGCAGUCAACAGAACGGCAUUCACGCCCAUUGGAGGUGCCCCAGUGACGCCAAAGAGGCCUCGGACGGAGCUGCAAACAGCCUCUUGGUGGCCAUAGCAACGGCCCUCUGGCGGGCCAGUCGUUCGCGUCGCAACCGGCAGACUCUGUUGCACGCCGGACUGGUGUGUAUCCUGCGCUCGUUGCUCCACGUGGCCACCAACGAGGUGCGCAUUCCGUUGACAGGCCUGUUGCACAAUUGUUCGGCCGACGAACAGUACCGCGUUGCCAUCGCCGCCGAAGAGAUGUUGCCCACUCUGCUCAGGCAGAUGAGCGCGCCCAGCAUUCUGCUCAAGUCGUACAGCGCCCUCACUCUGUACCGCUGUUCGGCCGAGGAUUCCGCCCAGAAGGCGUUCAUGAAGGGGCACACAAUCGACAUGUUGCACGGCUUUCUCAGUCAAGAGGUGCACCGGCCAGACGGUGCGUUGGCUUUGAUAUUGUCACGGAGUCCCGAUCAAGUGCACGAUCUGACGCAGGAGGAUAUGGGCCGAUUCAAGUGCUCCAAAGCCAGCAUUGAGCCGUCGCGAGGGGACACGAAGAAACGGACUCGAUUCGCUCUGCCUUUCACGUCAGACGAGCCCGUUGGCAAGUUGUACGGCCACACGGAGCCUCUGACGCCAGGCCGGACGGCCUCGAGUGGCGUCGUCAAGGCCGUUGUGCAUGUGACCGGCCCCCGGGCAUCCGUGAACAAAGGUCAAAAACGCUUGUCUCUGAUCCAGCACGAGCGUGACAGCCUGGAUCACGCCGAGGACAGGAUCAAAUAUCUGCACAGUCUGACGGGCGUAAUCGCCAAAUUGGCAGAGAAUCCCGACAACGCUCGUGCCUUCCACAGACUCGGUACCACUGACCAUUUGUUGCGCAUCCUCAGUCAACUCUCGCCUCCGAUUUGCGCCUACGUCCGGCCGACAUGUUCGGCCUCGGAUCGGCUCAACGGACUGGAGUGGAGCGAAAAGAUCAUACGCAACUCGAUCGAGGCAUUGGACAGCCUGACUCGAGUGCCCGUUGCUCGGACCACCAUCGCGGAGCAUCCGAAGAGCAUCUUCUGCCUCACAAUGCUACUGCGUCAGGGUCCCAGUUGUCUGGUGACCUCGGUCUGCAACAGCCUCAUCGAGUUGAUGCAAGAGCCCACGGUGCUCUCGCAGUUCUGCCAACUC